AGCAUACCGGAUCCUCGUCUUGGUCACUUGUUAUAUAAUAUUGCAACAGUGCCUCAAUCACCCACAUCUCCCACUAGCAAUCUUCCAUCAUGUUUGGAAAGAAGUCACUUUCUUACCUGCUGCUUGCUGCUGCGGCUCAAGCAAAGUAUAUCGUCCCUGGAGGCAGAUGGACCGAUACAGAUGACAAUCUCGUCAACGCACAUGCUGGUGGUGUGACCGUUGGUAAAGAUGGCAAGUUCUAUCUUUUCGGCGAGUACAAGACUCAAGGACAGACUGAAGGUGGAGGUAUUUCUGUCUACAGUAGUGAUGAUCUUGCUACUUGGAAGUCUCAUGGUUUGGCUCUUGUAGAGCCUAUUGAAGGACAUCCUUACAUUGCACCUGACAAGAUCAUUCAGAGACCGAAAGUGUUGUACAAUGCUGUCGAUGACCAAUACCAUAUGCACUGGCACGCAGACAAUAGCACUUACGGCUGGCUCCUUCAAGGCCUAGCAAUCUCCCCCAACAUCACAGGUCCUUAUACUUUCCUCAAUGCCACCGCCCCCUUCGGAAACUGGUCGCAAGACUUCGGCACCUUCACCGACUACAAGACUCAAAAGUCCUACGCUUUGUACUCAAACGGCGACCGCAAAGAAGCCAGAGAUGUCUACCUUGCCGCCUACGAUGACUCUAACACCGAGUUGGCGGAGAUCGUCCAUCGCUUUGACAAGUAUGAUUUGGAAGCUCCUACGAUUAUCCAGACAGACAGUUCCUACUAUGCUUUGAUGAGCCACAAGACUGGAUAUAGACCUAACAAUGUUGUCGCCUUCAGAGCAAACAGUCUUGCCGGUCCUUGGAGUCAACCUUUCUUUGUCGCUCCAUUGGGGACUAGAACGUAUAAUUCCCAGUCUGGCUUUUCGCUCAAGAUCAACGGCACCAAAAAGACUACUUGGUUGUAUAUGGGUGAUCAGUGGGACUCGAACUCCCUUUGGGAAAGCAGAUAUAUCUGGUUGCCUGUUGACAUUGAUGACAACAAGCAAACUCUCAAGUUGGAGUGGUAUGAUAUCUACGACUUGGAUGUCAAAACUGGCCAGUACAAAGAAGUCAAGGGCAAGACCUACUACGCCAAAGACGCCGUCACAGCAGGCGAUGCUUUCAAACAGGAAGCCAACUUCGCAUCCUCCAACACAAUCGUCACAGGCAUCUCCGGCAACGCUUCCACACUCACCUUCUCCAACAUCCAAGGCUCCGGCUCUCCCCAAUGGAUCUCCUUCUACUAUCAAAACACUGAUGACAUGGGUUUCGGCGACCAACCCGGCGGCUCCCCGGAUCGCAUCAAGACGCCUUGGGCACUGCGCCGUAUCGCUUCUGUUGUGGUCAAUGGCAACAGCAGUGAUAUUCAGACGCUCUACCAAAGAGACACACACAAGGGAAUCAUCCUGAGCACCCCACUAAAAGUGAAUUUGAAAAAGGGCAGCAAUACCAUUACGAUCGGUGGAUUAGAUAACGGUAUUGAUGUCAAAGGAGCGGAUAUUGAUAGGAUUGUGGUGUAUCCUGCUGAGAAGUGA